UGGAUAAGGAGCGGGCUAGACAUGCGCGAAUGAGAAGAAUGAUUAUAAUGAAAAACAAUAGCAGCAAUAGAAAAACCACUUCAAUACAAGUUGAUGAAAAUACAGCACCGUUGCACAUGGAUCCGUUGCGAAUCCCCUUGAAUUACAAUGAUGAAGCUUUGAAACAUACGGAGUUCCGCCAGGGAUCAAAGUCCAUGAGGUCUCCACUGGCAUCUUUGGAUUCAGUGCAAAAUAUCAUUGCAGGAGAUUCAUCUACUCAACAAAGUUCUUUAUCAAACAUUCAGACAAAGACAACUUAUCAAAAAACAAGAAAAAGAAAAGAUCCAUGUAGUGAAGUUUCACCAUUGUCAGUAUUGAACACUAAUAUUCAAAUUCCUUCACCAAGAGUAAAUAAUGUUGGUUAUUUUCCAGGUCUAUAAUCUUAACCCUACUUUUCUAUAUUCUUAAUUGCUUCAGGAAUCUUCAUACAUAUUUUCCAAUCCUUUUUAGGCCCUAUUGGACAAAGAAAUAAUGUUUUUGCGACC